AUGCUUCAGCUGCCCACGAUACAAACACCUCCACUUUUUGGAGACGACACGCUAUUGCGUUCAAUUGACUGGUUAGAAGGAUUUCCUUGGAAGCAAGAAAAUGUUGUGAAACGUGGAGUUGAUAAGUAUGAAAUAUGUAUAAAGGUGCACGAUUAUGCCCCCGAGGAAAUAUCGGUGAAAACAGCUGAUGGGUUUAUUGUUGUGGAAGGGAAACACGAGGAGAAACAAGAUGACUAUGGGUACAUUGCCCGGCAAUUCAUAAGGCGAUUCCAAGUUCCAGAAGGCUGUCGAAUUGAGGAAAUAAAGUCCAGAUUGACCGCUGAUGGGCUGUUAAUCAUCUCUGUUCCACGCGUCCCCAUCGUCAAAAAGGAUACUGUGAUACCUGUAAAACAUGAGGGCUCAAAGAGUAAGCUGUGA